AUGGCUGGCCAAGAACUGGACGCAAGUAUUAUUGAUCCACCGAGAGAGGUGGAGGAGUCUGAGCUAUAUGUUGGGUUCAAAAUGCCCAAAUUUGAUUUGUAUGACGGGCACAGAGACUCUGUGGCCCACUUAAGGGGAUUCUAUAGUAAAAUGAGAGGAGCCGGCGGGAAGGAUGAGCUGUUAAUGGCAUAUUUUAGCCAGAGUCUGAGUGGCGCAGCAUUGGAGUGGUACACUCAUCAAGAUCACAACAGAUGGUAUACCUGGGAUGAUUUGGCCCAAGCAUUCGCUCGUCAUUUCCAAUACAACAUCGAGAUUGUUCCAGAUCAUUUGUCUUUGACUAAGAUUGAGAAGAAGCCUAGUGAAAGUUUCAGGGAAUACGGUUUCCGCUGGAGAGAACAAGCAGCAAGGGUUAACCCUCCAAUGGAGGAGAACGAAAUGUCAUAUGCUCAACCCCCUCCUUACCCGCAAUGGCGUGCACCAGCUCCACGAAACCCUUACCCACCACCACAAACAUACCGAAACCCUACUGGUCCAAAUUUUCGAGCCAAGCCAGAAUUCAGGAAUGAAAGGUUGCAGCGGAAGAAAACUUUCACCCCACUUGGGGAAUCUUAUACCAACCUAUUUCAAAGGUUGAGGCAGUUGGAUGUUCUGAGGCCAAUUGAGUCAAAACUACCAAACCCCCCUCCAAAGAACCUAGAUUAUUCUCUUAGAUGUGCGUACUGUUCUGAUACUCCGGGGCACGACACAGUAAAGUGUUGGCACUUGAAGAACGCCAUCCGAGAGCUCAUUGCAGGACCAUGCUGA